AUGACGAGACGACGAUGUGAGAAGACGACGACGGAUGUGAUUCUUCCUAACCACGCCACCAACGACGAAGGCAGAAUAAUCGAAGAAGAACCAGAAGACCCUAGAAGCUAUCUCCGCGGCAAAUUCCCUUCGCAUCUUCCAGGUUAUCCCUGGGAGUGUAGGAUUACCUAUCCUUGCAACGUCAGGGGAUUGCCUCCUCGGUUGCUGAGCCCUGGAUGUGUAGGGGUUGUCCCCCUAUCAUUCUUGGCGGUCUUACCUUAUCCUAUCCUCGCAACGUCAGGGGAUUGCCUCCUCGGUUGCUGA